GCCGCUUCUUAUAAGUCGACGACACGGGAGCCUUUUUGGCCAGCGCGGGUAGCAUUGCCCAGCAGCAGAAAAGCAUCACGCGCGCGCGGCCCAGACAUGUCCCUGUCCCUGUCGCUGUCCCUGCCGCUGCGGCCGACAGUGGCGGCGACGACGACGACGACGACGACGACGGGGCUGCUGUGCCGCUUGGCAUUCCGCCGCCAGCGUUGGGCGCCCCCUCCUACUGCUACUACUAUUCAAUCGGCAUCAAGUUCAAGGUCGAGACAAUCGUCCUCGUCACGCCCGCCUCCACCGCCACCGCCGUUCCCGACCGUCGCGACAUGUCCGGCCCCGACGUGCGGGUGCGCGCCGCCGCCGCCGCCCAUGCCGCCCGGGCUGGACAUUGACCGCAAGAGCCCGCUCAACGGCGUCAUGUCGGGGUACGCCGAGCAGGUGCUCGUGUGCACGGGCGAGGACGACUGGCCGUCGCGCAUCGAGGAGGAGAAUGGGGGCGACAACCUGGCCGCCGACCUCAAGGAGCUGUUUGGCCGCGGCGGCGUGUACAGCGACCCCUUCCACAACAUCUCCAUCCUCAACGCCUCCCUACCGAGCUCCGUGCCGCCUCGCCGAGAGGUGCAGAGCACGUCGGCCUACCUGCUGCCGAGCUUCAAGUACGUGCCCUUCCUGCCGCGCGUGUCCUUUGACAGCGUCCAGGCGCUGGCCAAGGGCUACCUGCUGCCGGAGCGCCUGCACGCGGCGCACGACGGCCUGUCGCCCAUCCACCGCGACCGCCUCACCCGCAAGCACGCCUACCGCGCGCUGCUGCCCGGCGCCUGCGACGUGCGCGACGUGCUCGUCCUCGUGUGCGGGCACGGCGGGCGGGAUGUGCGCUGCGGCGUCGUGGGACCGCUGCUGCGCGAUGAGUUUGAGGCGUGCCUCGAGCGCGAGGGCGUGGAUGUGCUGAGGGGACCGGUGGAGGUGGACUUGUCGUCGUCGUCGGGCAGCGGUGAUGGGGCGACUGCGCCACGUCUAGAGGCAGCGACGGAAGGCAACGGCGGCGAAGGAGGAGGUCGACGAGGGGCAGGCAGCGGGGGAGAAGCGGCCACCGCGGUGCAGCAGCAGCAGCAGACGACGACAAAGACGGCGCGUGUCGCGCUCAUCAGUCACAUCGGGGGCCACAAGUUUGCGGGCAACGUCAUCAUCUACGUGCCGCCGGGCCAGCGGCUGGACGACGGCAAGACGGCGCACCCGCUCGCGGGGCACGGCAUCUGGUACGGCCGCGUGGAGCCCCGCCACGUCGAGGGGCUCGUCAGGGAGACGGUGCUGCGCGGGACGGUGGUCGAGGACAUGUUUCGCGGGGGCAUUGAUGCGCAGCGGCGGAUACUGCGGCUGUGAAGGGAUGGCCAUGGUGGUGGUGCACUGGUGGUGAUG